GGAUGAGCUCAAGCGCCAUUACAACCUGGGGGAGUACUGGGUGGAGGUGGAGAUGGAGGACUUGGCCAGCUUUGACGAGGACCUGGCUGAUUCCUUGUACAAGCAGCCAGCUGAGCACCUGGAGCUGCUGGAGGAAGCGGCCAAGGAGGUGGCUGACGAGGUGACCCGGCCCCGACCUGCUGGGGAGGAGGUGCUCCAGGCCAUCCAGGUCAUGCUGAAGUCGGAUGCCAGCCCCUCCAGCAUCCGGAGCCUGAAGUCGGAUAUGAUGUCGCACUUGGUGAAGAUCCCUGGCAUCAUCAUCGCAGCCUCUGCAGUUCGGGCCAAGGCCACACGCAUCUCGAUCCAGUGCCGCAGCUGCCGAAACACCCUCACCAACAUUGCUAUGCGCCCUGGCCUGGAGGGCUACGCCCUGCCCAGGAAGUGCAACACGGACCAGGCUGGCCGACCCCGGUGUCCACUGGACCCAUACUUCAUUAUGCCUGACAAGUGCAAGUGUGUGGAUUUCCAGACUCUGAAGCUGCAGGAGCUGCCGGAUGCGGUACCACACGGUGAGAUGCCCCGGCACAUGCAGCUCUACUGCGACAGGUACCUGUGUGACAAAGUUGUCCCUGGGAACAGGGUCACCAUCAUGGGCAUCUACUCCAUCAAGAAGUUUGGCCUCAACUCCAGCAAGGGCCGUGACAAAGUGGGUGUGGGCAUCCGGAGCUCCUACAUCCGCGUCCUGGGCAUCCAGGUCGACACAGAGGGCUCUGGCCGAAGCUUUGCUGGGUCUGUGAGUCCGCAAGAGGAGGAGGAGUUCCGGCGUCUGGCUGCCCUCCCCAAUGUCUACGAGGUCAUCUCGAAGAGCAUUGCGCCAUCCAUCUUUGGGGGCACGGACAUGAAGAAAGCGAUUGCCUGCCUGCUCUUCGGGGGCUCCCGGAAGAGACUCCCCGAUGGACUCACUCGCCGAGGGGACAUCAACCUGCUGAUGCUGGGGGACCCAGGGACAGCCAAGUCCCAACUCCUGAAGUUUGUGGAGAAGUGCUCUCCCAUUGGGGUCUACACGUCCGGGAAGGGCAGCAGUGCGGCUGGACUCACUGCCUCCGUGAUGAGGGACCCCUCCUCCCGGAACUUCAUCAUGGAGGGCGGGGCCAUGGUCCUGGCUGAUGGCGGGGUUGUCUGUAUUGAUGAGUUUGACAAGAUGCGAGAGGAUGACCGUGUGGCAAUCCACGAGGCUAUGGAGCAGCAGACCAUUUCCAUCGCCAAGGCUGGAAUCACUACCACCUUGAACUCACGCUGCUCUGUUCUGGCUGCUGCCAACUCGGUGUUUGGCCGCUGGGAUGAGACGAAGGGGGAGGACAACAUCGACUUCAUGCCCACCAUCCUGUCCCGCUUCGACAUGAUCUUCAUCGUCAAGGACGAGCACAAUGAGGAGAGGGAUGUGAUGCUGGCAAAACACGUUCUCACCCUGCAUGUGAGUGCACUGACACAGACUCAGGCCGUGGAGGGCGAGGUCGACCUGGCUAAGCUGAAGAAGUUCAUCGCCUACUGCCGUGCGAAGUGUGGCCCCCGGCUGUCUGCAGAGGCUGCAGAGAAGCUGAAGAACCGCUACAUCAUCAUGCGGAGUGGGGCGCGACAGCAUGAGAGAGACAGUGACCGUCGCUCCAGCAUCCCCAUCACUGUGCGGCAACUGGAGGCCAUUGUGCGCAUCGCAGAGGCUCUCAGCAAGAUGAAGCUGCAGCCCUUCGCCACGGAAGCAGACGUGGAGGAGGCCCUGAGACUCUUCCAAGUGUCCACAUUGGACGCCGCCUUGUCGGGCACUCUGUCUGGAGUGGAGGGCUUCACCAGCCAGGAGGACCAGGAGAUGCUGAGCCGCAUCGAGAAGCAGCUCAAGCGCCGCUUUGCCAUUGGCUCCCAGGUAUCUGAACACAGCAUCAUCCAGGACUUCACCAAGCAGAAAUACCCGGAGCACGCCAUCCACAAGGUGCUGCAGCUCAUGCUGCGCCGUGGCGAGGUCCAGCACCGCAUGCAGCGCAGGGUCCUCUACCGCCUCAAGUGAGGACACCCAGCCGCCCCCGCUCCUGCCCUCCGGCCCUGCCUGCUUUCCUGCCUGUGUGUGCUGCUACCACCUCUGGACUGCUGCCCUGGCACUGGACCAGGAUGUGUGCCUUGGGUCUCUGUGAUAAAGAAUGUGUGUCGGGUGCCUGGUGUCCCUGCCCCACCUGUCCUCUGGCAGGGUGGGUGUGGGUCAGGAACAGGUGCUGGAGCCCACAGACCAACUGAGCCUGGGCCCUGUGUUGAGUCCUUGACCUUGUGCUGCAGGUUUUUCUUGUGCUGCGUGUGGGAAGGUAGAAUGAGGCUGGUGCUCGAAGCUGGGAGAGUGAGCUUGGGGGCCAGAAACACCCACCGCCACCCCAUGUGCUCAGGUAGGGCCAUAGUGCAAGUCACUGCCUGGCCUUACCGUGCCUUGGUGUCCAGUCCUGGGGGCACUGCACGGCCCCUGCCUUGAGGGUGGCACCAAGGGUCCUCGACAGCUUCGCAGGGGCCCAUGUGGCAGGACGCAGCGGUGGAGGCAUUCAGUGUGUGGGGACGCAGGCCUUAAAGCAGAGGGCAGAGACUCUUCACCUCCUCCCUGGGGGCCUGCAGGGCACCCCCAAGCGGUAUGGCCCUGGGGCAGAGGCAUUUGGGACUGACUGAAUCCUUCCUUGAGCACAGAAGGACCAGGGUUGGAGGAAAAUUACUAGCGUUUUGCUUCGAUUGUUAGAUUUUUGUAUUGUGCAAAUACACAGUAUGUAAACUGAGUUUGUAUUUUGUUUUUCAAAAUCUAGGAUUCAUGAAGUUAAGAAAAGGCUAGUGAAAUAAAAUUUUGACAUUGAAA